AUGGCAUUAAAAUUAUCAUGUUUAUCAAAAAAACGAAAACGUCUCAAUAAAAAUCAAAUAUUAUUUGACGAUUUAACAAAUGAAAUUCAUUAUGAAAUAUUUGAUUAUUUAACAUAUAAUGAUAUAAUCAAAACAUUUUCUAAUUUAAAUAAUCGUUUGAAACAAAUAAUUGGAAACUAUCCGCAUAAUAUUAAUCUUGAAAUAGAUAAAAAUAUUCCAAAGUUUAUUCGUUCAUUAGAAAUAACAUUAAAUUCUCAAUUAGAUUUAUUUAAUUCAUUAAAAACGAAUCAGUUUUUAUCACUUUGUUUAAUAGCAAUAUCGAAUUUACGUUAUAAUGAGAUCAAUCAUAUAUUAAAUAGAAUUCCAUCAACACAAUUAGAAUAUAUUUAUAUUGGAAUAUGUGUUAAUGAUCAAAAAGAGGAUUUUUCAAAAGUUUUAUCUUCAUUACAAAUACAAAUUCUUAAUUUAACUCAAUAUCGAUUUUAA